AUGUCCUCACUAAACUGGCUUCUCCCUCAUCUCAGGAUCUUACCAGAAGAUGUUCAGAGCGACGUCUCGUCUUCGAGCUCCCUCGAUGGCGAACAGAGUAUCCCUCAUGAGUUAAAGAACGACGAAGUCAAUAUUGAGGCACACGAAAGCGAACCUCAGCCAGCUCAACAGUCACAGUCGCUAAAGGCAGGAAUUCCUUACGAGCUGCGCGAUGAGAAGGGCCGCAAAUGGUGGAAGUACUUUGACGAGUUCGAGUACCGUGCCAACUCUGAGUAUAAGACAUCGCGCAGCUGGUACUCAUUCCUUUAUCCCAACCACACAACACAUUCAAAAGCAGAGCGGCGGCUUUUAUACAAGCUCGAUUUCAUGAUCGGCUUUUAUUUCCUCAUGCUAUGCUGGUGCAAGUCCCUUGACACUAACAACUACAGUAACGCGUACGUUUCAGGAAUGCAAGGUGAUCUCAAAAUGACCAAGAACGAUUACAUCAACACGACAGCUAUUUCAAACGUUGGCGCUAUUGUCCUACAGUUGCCCUUCAUGUACUUGUUGCCCAGAUUUCCAGCUCAUUUAAUCUUACCUGUGAUGGACCUGGGGUGGUCGUUUUUCACACUUGCGUGCUACAGAGCUCAGUCGCUGCCAGAGUUGAGAGCUUACAGAUUCAUGGUCAGCGCUUUUGGUUCUGCCUACUAUCCGGUGUCUCAGUAUGUUUUAGGUUCCUGGUAUGCGCCAGACGAGAUCAGCUCUAGAGUUUGUUUAUUCUUCUGCGGUCAGCUUCUAGGGGGUGUUACCUCAGGUUUGCUACAAGCUAGUACAUACAAGACUCUGAAUGGUGUUCACGGGCUUGCAGGAUGGAGAUGGAUGUUUUUGAUAGAUGCUGUGGCCAUUUCGAUCCCAUGUGCUAUCAUCGGUUUUUUCGUUAUUCCUGGCGUCCCAUCGAAGUGCUACUCUUUGUUUUUGACUGACGAAGAGAUCAGGGUUGCAAGAGCAAGGAACAGAAGAAACCAAAUCAAUGACAAUGUCGACAAGGAUAAACUUCUUUCGCUCUUUUCUUGGAAACUUUGGAAAAAGGUAUUUGGCACUUCAACUUUCUGGGUUCUAGUCGUUUUUGAUACCUGCUCCUGGAAUAACAUGACAGCUUUUAGCGGAAGUUUCCUGUUCUGGCUGAAAAACGAUCACAACUACUCUAUUGUUCAAGUCAAUAAUUACUCUGUGCUUCCUGCCUGCCUUGGUUUUGUUUUCGUUUUCAUUUGCGCGUGGGGUGCAGACUUGUUCCGCUGUAAGUGGGUUUUCAUGGUAAUGUCACAGAUUAUGAACUGCGUUUCGUGCGCAAUUCUUGUAAAAUGGGACGUUUCUGCAUCCGCUAAGUGGUUUGCAUUUUUGAUCACCUACUUCUCGGUAGCUGCAUCGCCCUGUCUGUGGUCCUUCAUCAACGACUUUUUGAGACUUGAUCCUCAAAUUAAAGCGGUGACUUGGAUUGCAAUCUACAGUUUUUCUCAGUCAACAUAUGCUUGGAUUCCUACACUCGCUUGGAAAACUGUUGAACAGCCAAGAUUCAAAACAGGUUACACAGUUAGUUUGAUUUUCUCUGCAGUUUACGGAGCAUGGACGUUUGUGGUUCUUUACUUCUACAAAAGGAAUGAGAAGAAGAACGCCUUAGGCAACGGCAUUAUCCUUUACAAUAGUGACAAUGGAGAGCACGCACCUGCCUUCGUUGACACCUUAAUGGAAAAGAAAGGCGACUAUUUUUACGUUAAAGAAAGUGAAAAGACCGAACUUUAA